GCACCCCCAUUGUACAUGUUGGCACGAACAACACUGUUGACAGUGUCAACAUGUGCAUGGACAAAUAUCGCGAGCUCGCUCAGGGAAUUAUUGAAAGCAAUCCCAUGUUGCAUGUAGCUUUUUCUGCCAUUCUUCCUCGCGGGCAGCAUCAGUACCGCCCAGGAGAAGCACAGUUGUCGGAUGUGUGCCGUUUCAAUGACAAUUACAGGAAUGUGAAUGCCGCCCUGACACAGUUUUGCCUGGAGAGGGGCUUCACUUUCCUGGAUGGUCUUGUGGACAACUGGCCUGGAUGCCUGAGCAGGGAUGGUGUCCACCCCAGCCGGUUUGGCAACAAGGUGCUGGCAGACUUCCUGCAUCGGGAGGCCUAUGCCUUAUCCAUCCAUCUAGAGAGGAGACGCAUCCAGCAGUCCUAUAGGGAGUCCAAGGCAUCGACAUGGAGUGGGUGGACUCAGCAGGAGAGCGUCCCCACCAUCUCGGAGGCUGAUUUUCCUCCACUUGGUUUGCAUACAGUUCAUUAUUCUCAAGCAGCAGGUGGAACUUCCACUGCACCAGCUCCUGUUUGGAAAACCGGCAGUGCUCUCGCGCAGAGACACGACACCGACCAACUGGCCAGAACCCUUCAUGGUGUUGGCUUUACACUCGUUGGCGGUGUCCGUGUAGGCUGCAAGGGAAGCAAGGGUUGGUGGACCUGGGACAGCCUGCCUUCCCCCAUUUUCCAUGGCACAAGUGUACCGAGCAUGGGAUACACUGAGGGGAGGCCUGUUGAGCCAAUGAUCCCUGGUUGAGGUGCAAGCACCACUUGUGACGGGAGAAUAAGGAGAGCCUCACAGGAGCGUGAGAAUGCUCUUGUUGUGUGCUCUCCUGUGGGGGAAGAGGAGGCCAGUGCUGGAGAAGCAGCUGUGCCAGCGUGGCGACAGUGAGUGGAAACUGGUGCAGUCAAAGAAGAGGCGGCGGAAGGCUGCGGCACUGCGCAAGCAAGAACAGAGCUGUGAACUGUGUGCAGACAGUGAAGGCAAAGUUCUUGCUGUGACAUCUGCCAAGUCCUUCAGGUUCACUUCACCUAUGACAGCAGUUGUAAGCCAGAAACAGAGGCAGUCUGCUUCUUCUACUGUUCGUGGUAGAAAGUCUGAAGGACAAGCCAGUGCCUCGCACAAUGUCAUUUGCGAUAGUUUCGAAAAGGUGCAGCGUGUUGCUAGCAAGCAGUUGAAAGACUGCUCAGUUAGUUUCACGACUCACUGUGAAGCUGUCACAAAUGACAUUGUGAACAAGGUUUCUCUCUGCAAAAGCCAUCGACCAGCAUGGAUUCAGGAUGGGGUGUGGAUGAAGCGCGAUCCUGGCACAGAGGCUCGUGACCCUAGGAAAGCUGGGUGCAUUGCACCCGUGCAGCCCAAGUGUUGUGAGGCUGCUUUGACAUCCAACUGCAGGCCUGCCAGCCCUGGUGCCCAGGCUACUAGUGUAGAAACUGGUGCCAACCCAAAUGUGCUUAGUAACUCUGUAAAUGUAUUGCAUGGCGGUGGCAGCAAAGUUUAUUUAAACGCAACAUUUGAUAAUUUUCCUUCCUUUAAGCUUUGAUGAGUGGUGCAGGGAGGGCAAGCAUGUAGUCAUGAUAAACAAGUGUAAUAGAAGUCCAUUUACUUCGGAAUCUAAGGACUUUGAGUAUAUUAGGAUUAGAUAUAGCUACAUUCAUGGUCGUGCACUAAAGUCAAGGGGGACAGGAAAGCGACCAAAGCAAGCAUACAAUGGUACUGGCUGUGAAAUGACGGUAUCGGUAAGCCUGUGUAAAUCACCUACUCUGCACUACAAGAUAACUAAACUACAUACUAAGCAUAACCAUUCCAUAGAUUAUUAUGACUUGUAUCCUCAGCAGAGGCUCCUGAAUGAUGCGGAGAAAGAAGAUUUCUUUGACUUUGCGAAAUGUAAUAUUGGCGCAAAGGAUUUCGAAAACUUGGUCGAGCAGAAAACAGGCAAAAAGUUAACUACAAAGGAUAUUAACAAUUACAAGCAAAGAUUUUCUAUUCCUAUUCGCAAUGAGCAGGAUCAUGGGGAAAUGGUUUUAGAAAAGGUAGAGACCUUGCUCAAAAAUAAUCCAAAUUGGGUCAUUCACUAUGAAAUAAAUCAAAAUAAUAACCUGCAAUUCAUACUACUUCAAACAACGCACAUGCGCAAGAUUUUGGAAAAGUAUCCAGAGAUUCUAUUUAUUGAUGGAACAUAUAAAGUAAACAUUGAAGGCUAUAUUCUUUACUCUGUAUUAGUUCAAGAUGGUUCUGGUCGUGGGAGACCUGUGUGUUAUGCCUUCUUACGAAAUGAGACGACUGAAAUUGCGGAGCCUAUGUUCACGAAGUUUGUAGAUUUUAACCCAUUUGUUGUGUCUGCUUGCAAAGUAGUAAUGAUUGAUAAAGAUCUGAAUGAACUGCGCAUUUUAACCAGUA